GCUUCACUCUCAGCUCACCUACUCGUUGCAGAUCAUGAGCCUUCCGGCCUUUGCGAAGUCAUGUCUUUUGACAACCACUAUUCUUGCUUCGAUACAGGGUAUCUACGCUCGUGCUGUACCACGAUCCCGACAUAUGCUGGACGCUUGGGACGCGAUUGUUCCUUCCUCUAAACUCGAAUGGACGCCAUGCUUUCAGAACUACACGUGCUCUCGACUAGAAGUUCCCCUCAAUUACGGAGAUCCAAAUAGGGGUAGAACGGACAUCGCCAUGAUCAGAAUAGAGGCAAAGAAUGUCACCAAGGAUACACAAAGUCUGCUCAUCAACCCUGGUGGACCGGGAAUUUCUGGUAUCGACACCAUCAUGGAAUAUGGCCCGUCUUUGGGAGGGAUUGUCAACUUCCAGCACCACGUUGUGGGCUUUGAUCCUCGCAGUGUUGGACAGAGUGGACCGCGUGUGGACUGCUGGCCCGAUCAUCCCGAGCAACGGGCCCAGUUCGAAAAGCUGUACUACUCCGAGACUUCCAAUGCUACUGCCAGUUCUCUCGGCAAUCAAUAUGCAGCUGCGGAAUUCUAUGGCAAGGCCUGCACGUCAACGGUCGGCGGAUCUCACGGAAACGCCUCGUACAUCAGCACUCCGGCCGUUGCCCGAGACAUGCUGACUUACGUCGAAGCGGAACAGGCUGCGUCAGGCAAGCCAAAGGAGGAGGGUAAGCUGAUGUUCUAUGGCCUCAGCUAUGGAACUCUGUUGGGCGCAACCUUUGCGCAUAUGUUCCCGGAUCGGAUCGAAAGGAUGAUCCUGGACGGCGUGGUCGAUACCGAAGACUACUACUCGAUGAAGUGGCAGGCGAAUUUGUUCGACACCGACGCGGCGUACCAAGGGUUCUUUGACUUCUGCUUCGAGGCUGGGAAGGAGAAGUGCUCAUUCUGGGGCUCUUCUCCGCAGAAAAUCAGCGAUCGUGUUGAUAAGAUUUUGACCGGUCUCAGAUAUAACCCGAUUCCCAUCCCCAGCGGAGAAUCCUGUGACAUCCCGAUUCUGGCGACCUACUCUAACCUCAAGACGCUUUUAAUGCAGGUGUUGUAUGACCCUCUCAAUAACUUCCCUCUCCUAGCAGAUAUCCUUGCUGGUUUGGAGCAGGGUAAUACUACGGCGUACUCACUCGCAGUGACGAGUGGAUCUAUCCUACCGUUCAACCCGUGCAACAACGGAACCGUCGGAUCGACUCAAGACUCCUCUGUCUUAAUUGAAUGUGUUGAUGGCUAUGGAGGCCACAAGAUCCAGAACAUCAGCCAAUACGGCAACUGGGUUAAGGCAUUGAACGCUGAGAGCGAAUUUUUCGGAGAGGUCUUUGCCACUAGUUCUGGCGCGGCUUCCUGCCGGUCAGUGGAUGUCACUCCACCAGAGACUGGAAGAAUACAUGGAUCCAUCCUUGACCGCAAGAACACCUCGUUCCCGAUCUUGUUUCUCACCCAGCAGAGUGACCCAGCCACCCCCAAGCGAAACGCCUAUAAAAUGUCUUCCGUGUUUCCCGGGUCGGUGGUCCUCAAGCAGGACGCAGUCGGACACACUACUUUCGUCAGUGCGUCUAAGUGCCUUUUGGAGAAUAUCCAGGCUUACUUGACGGCGGGUCAGCUUCCUGCUGCCAAUACGACUUGCAAAGCGGAUAAAGUUCCCUUCCAGGAUGCUAAAUAAUUUGAUUUGUUUCUCUUAUCAUUUUCUUAACGGAGACUGUAUCAUAAAGGUAGACGUUGUAUAGCGGUUCUAACAGUAUUUGAAUUGAUCGAAGGCUAUAUACCUCCAUAGCUGGAUAUUCAACAAAUGUAACUCGAUUGGCGUACUGGAAUAUUGAUU